AUGCUUUUGAAAGGAGUCCUCCUAGCCGCUCUCCCCGCCGCGCUGGCUGCCCCAGCACCUGGCGUGGUCAAGGCUCCCACCAGCGAUGCUCCCCCAUCGGGCGUGAUCAUUGAGGGCAUCUCGUACGCCGGGUCUGGCUGCAACGCCGGCAGCGUGGCGGGCGCCAUCUCCAGCGACCUGUCGACGGUGACGCUGCUGUAUGACAGCUUUGUCGCGCAGGCCGGGUCCGGGAUUCAGCCGGCUGAAGGCCGCAAGAACUGCCAGCUCAACCUCCAGCUCAAGCUGCCCCAGGGCUGGCAGUUUAGCGUCUUCAAGGCCGACUACCGUGGUUAUGCGUACCUUCAAAAGGGCGAUAGGGGUGUCAUCAAGUCGACUUACUACUUUAGCGGUGACUCUAGCCAGGUCUCUGCGCAACAAACCCUCACGGGCGCAUACGACGACAACUACCUCAAGACGGACGAGUUCGGCCUCGAGAGCACCGUCUGGUCGCCGUGCGGCGAGGAGGGCCUGCUCAAUGUCAACUCCGAGGUCCGCGUGACGCCGCUCAACACCAACAACACGGCUCUGCUGACGGUAAGCACCACCACCACUGCCACGCACCACCCGGAUUACAAUAAAAUGAUCAGCUCCAGUGCUGUCGAUUCGACUGACUUCAAGUUCACCCAGAUCCACUAUCUUCAGUGGCAAGAGUGCGAACCUGGUCAUCACAAGUGA